UCUGUGAGGUACAGUGCCGAUACAGCACAGCAGAGCACAGCACACAGCACAGCUGCCCUCAUUCACACUGACACAUACCCUGUAAACCUACAGCGCAUGCUCACAUCUCUGCCUGUGCAGCUGCUGCUUUCUGCUUCAGUAAGAGAUUAGACAAUGGAGACAAUGAAGACAAUGGAUAUAAAGGUGACCAAGUCAUGGAGCGACCGCCUUCAGCACUAUGCAGACCUCCCAGCAAACAUGGAUGGAUUGGCUAUGAAGAAGUACCGACGAGAGGCAUAUCAUAGAGUAUUUGUAAACAGAAGUUUGGCUAUGGAGAAGAUUAAAUGCUUUGGGUUUGACAUGGAUUACACACUAGCAGUGUACAAAUCUCCAGAAUACGAAUCGCUGGGUUUUGAUCUAACAGUGGAGCGACUGGUCUCUAUCGGCUACCCCCAGGAACUUCUCAGCUUUGUCUACGAUCCCUCCUUCCCUACCAGAGGUCUGGUGUUUGACACGCUGUAUGGUAACCUUCUGAAGGUGGACGCCUAUGGCAACAUCCUGGUCUGUGUACAUGGAUUUAACUUCCUGCGUGGGCCCGACAUCAGAGAGCUCUACCCCAACAAAUUUAUCCAGCGCGAUGACACUGAACGCUUUUAUAUCCUCAACACUCUCUUCAAUCUGCCAGAAACAUACCUCUAUGCCUGCCUUGUCGAUUUCUUCUCAAGCUGUGACCGAUAUGCAAGCUGUGAGACCGGCUUCAAAAACGGAGAUCUCUUCAUGUCCUUCAAGAGCAUGUUCCAGGACGUCCGCGACGCCGUCGACUGGGUCCACUUUAAGGGAACUCUGAAGGAAAAAACUGUGGAAAACCUGGAGAAAUAUGUGGUGAAAGAUCCUAAGCUGCCACUGCUGCUAAGUCGCAUGAAUGAAGUUAGCAAAGUGUUCCUGGCCACCAACAGUGACUACAAAUACACAGACAAAAUAAUGACCUACCUGUUUGAUUUCCCUUAUGGGCCAAGGCAAGGCCUUCCACACCGCCCCUGGCAGUCCUACUUUGAUCUAAUCCUGGUUGAUGCACGAAAGCCUCUGUUCUUCGGAGAGGGGACCGUACUGAGACAGGUCGAUAUGACUACUGGAAGGCUCAAGAUUGGAACAUACACUGGACCCCUGCAGCGUGGCAUAGUCUACUCUGGAGGUUCCUCAGAUAUUGUGUGUGACCUGCUGGGCGCUAAAGGGAAGGACAUUGUGUACAUCGGAGACCACAUAUUCGGAGACAUUCUGAAGUCUAAAAAGCGGCAGGGUUGGAGGACGUUCCUGGUCAUCCCUGAACUCGCCCAGGAGUUGCAUGUCUGGACUGACAAGAGCUCACUGUUUGAAGAGCUCCAGGGUUUGGAAAUUUUCUUGGCAGAGCUGUACAAAAAUCUUGACAGCAGCAGCAAUGAAAGACCGGACAUUAGUGCCAUCCAGAGGCGAGUGAAGAAAGUGACCCAUGACAUGGACAUGUGCUACGGGAUGAUGGGUAGCCUGUUCCGGAGCGGCUCUCGACAGACACUUUUUGCGUCGCAGGUGAUGCGCUACGCUGACUUGUAUGCUGCUUCCUUUAUCAACCUGCUCUACUACCCUUUCAGCUAUCUGUUUAGAGCUGCACAUGUACAGAUGCCUCACGAGUCCACGGUGGAGCACACGCACGUUGAAACGGAAACCGAGUCGCCGCUGGCCACACGGAACCGCCACUGCGUCGACUGCAAGGACACUGACUGUAAACGCAGCCAGCUCACACGCUCAAUAAGUGAGAUCAAACCCCCGAAACUGUUUCCCCAGGCCCCACAGGAGAUCACACACUGUCAUGAUGAAGACGAUGAUGAAGAGGAAGAGGAAGAAGAGUAGACUUAUUUAAACAGUCCUGACCUUUUUCAAUUUUCCUAAGGAAAGCUUGGUAUCAGUAAAGGGAGCAAUAGUGAGGACGUGGGAUUCAAUGGAAUGUUAAGAUGGCAACGUGUAGCACGUUUAGGUAAACCUGCCAUCUUUCAGCUUGGCAAACAACCCCAUCCUGAUUUUUUUUUUUUGUCCUUUUUUAUGUGAUGACAUGAAAAUAAUAGAAAUAAGGGUCAUUUAAUGCCAUUUAAUGCUAGCCAGUUUAUACUGUAAUACAGAUCGGUUCGACAUAAGCACCCCGAAGACCUCAAAGCACAUAGAAUUAGUACUAUAAGCUAGCUUUAGCUUGUAUCAGGCAUGCAUUCUGAUUAUUUUACGUUAGGUACAGGUAUUCCAGUUUAGGUUACCCAACAGACAUGAAAAAAUUGACACUUAAUAUGCAUCAGAUUCGUUUCAGAGUCCAUUUCCAUCUAGCAAGCAUAUGCAUCAUAAACCCUAUUAGAUGGCAGAUGGGAACCGUGAAAAAUACAGCAUAUGGCCAAAAGUAUGUGGACACCUUUUUUAACUAAUGAGUUAAGCUAUUUCAAGCUAAUACAUGCAUAAACAUACUUCAGUAUCAAAUGGUUGAGCUAAUCAGUAUGACCAAUUCUACAGCAAACACUUCAUGUAUCAUAUUAUAAAUGCCAUCUGUGCUGCUAUUGCAAACUCUAGUAGCAUUGACAGCUCAGCUUCUAAACCCACAAGCUCACAGCACUGUAGCUCACAAUGCUGAAGUUCAUUGUGUAAAAAUUGUCAUUAUUAGAAUAGAAAGUCUUUAUUUGUCAUAUAUACAUAUAUACGUAGAUGUACAGUACAAUGAAAUUAUUUCUUAUAUCCCAGCUUGGGGUCAGAGCAUAGGAGCAGAGAGGGUUAACCUUUCAAAGCUCUACCCAUUAGGUUACCACUGUCCCAAAUUAGCUGCAGUAUUCACUGUAGGGUUCGCUGCAUGCUAAAGCAAUAUCAGCAUAAUAACUGUUCAUAGAGAGCACUGUGGAUUGGGGUGCCAUGGUCAAGCGGCUUCACACAAGCCUAAGAUUACCAUGCACACUGCCAAGUGUUUCAAAGCUAAGAAAUCUCAACCCCAUCCAAAUCUCCAGGUUUUGUCGCAUCGGUGCCUAGUGCCAUUAAUGUAUUUGUAUCGUUAAGUUGAUGCAAAUGUUGCAGUCAUAUUUCAACAUUUUUUGGAAAACUGGUAGCGAAAAAAGGACCAACUCAAUAUCAUUGUGCAAUUAGCCCAUGCAAUGUCCAUGAUAGUGCAAAACAUAAACAAGUCAUGUCUGGGUUUUGCACUACUCAGUCAAAGAGAGCAGUAAUGUAAAAAAAAAAAAAAACCCACAAAAAAUAUACCAACACAACUUACACAUAUUAAUUAACAUAUUCGAAGAUGCAAAUACAUUGUAUGACUAUUGAGUUCAGGUGUUUUAGCCACAUCCAGUGCCACAAUGUGUAUAAGACGGCCCCUUCUCUUUUUGGGUUCGUCCUUUUCUGGACUGUGCCCGUCCCCAAAGUGCGAUUCAAAGCGUCAUGGUUUGAUGAGUGUGCAUAGAGCCCUGAACUCAACCCCACUGAACACCACUGGGAUGAAUUGGAAUGUUAAUUGUAAGCCCCAGUGUGUAAUCGCACAACUUCCCACAGAAGCCUGUCUGAUAAUUUAAAGCUAUUUUUAAUGCAUAAAGCAAAAGGGAAUUCCAUUUGUAUGCCCAUGGGCUUUGAAUAAAAGGGAAAACAAGCUCAUGGUCCACAUGUCCACAUACUUUUAGCCAUGUAGUGUAUAUUAGGCUUAUAUUUUGAAUGCAAAAUACUGGACUGACUAUGCAUACUAAGCAAAAUGAUACUGUGGUUCAAACCCAUGUUUGCACGUCCAAUCUAAAUCCGUUUUUAGGCUCGGCUUAAUGCUGCCUCCUGCAGGAUGUAAGGGGAAUUACAAAGAGAAAAGUGCAUGUUGGCAUGACUUACCCCUUUUAAAUCCUUGCUAGUGAUCAGAAUGUAAAUGAACCUCAGCUGGGGCAGCAGCACGCCUUUGUUGGCUAAAGUGACGGGUACGAAAGAAUGCAGCUAACCCAAGCUGCCCUGUUACUUGGCAACAGCUGUGCCAGCCAAGCCACAUAUGGCCAGUUGGAUUUUUUUUUUUUUUUUUCAUUAGUGGCACUGACAACUGACAAGCAUCGUGCCAUUCAGCAAAGCAAGCUGUCAACAGAGAACAUUUUCAGUCAUUGUAAUUUUUUCCUUAGUCGUUUACACUCUAUAAAGUACCAACAUAUUUUUAUACUAGAUAUCUACAUUUGUAGAAAUACAAAACGAAUUUUUUGUGCCAUAUUAAUAACACGACAUUUAUAGCCAUCGCCCUCAUGACCUUAAAGUAAAUAAAGUGAUAUUUUGAUGCAAAAAUUGUAAAUAUAAAGUGUAUUUUUAGCUAGUGUAAAUAAAAAAACCUACAUAUAUAUGCACUAAUUAUAAAUAAAAUGCAUAUUAGAUGAAAAAGAACAGUUAGCAUAGUUCUAGUCCUGCAGUGCAGCCAUGAUUUAUAAAGAGAAUACAUCGUCAGAACGCAUUUUCUCCCCAUUUUCCUCCCAUUUUAGCACACUCAAUUUGUCUUUCGCUGCUGAGAGAUACCCGACUGCAUCCAAGGAGAGCACGUCGCUGUACACACCUCUUCCGACUCGUGCACAGCCCUCCUCUUCUCGCCCCUGCAUUCUGUACAGGCGUAUGAAGACCCACCCACCCACACAUAGCCCGGCCCCCAACCCUGCAGAUACGGUGGCCUAUUAGUAUCUGCUGCAGGCACUGCCAAUUAUGCCCGCCAGGUGGCGCCCAGCCGACCGGUGGCAACACCGAAUCUCGGUGCUGGUGUGCUAGCGGAAUAUCUCGCUGCGCCACCUGGGCGCCCGAAUGUCUUUUUAAAUGUUUAUCCGCUAAAGGAAAAAGAAUUGCAGUCUUUACUCCCUGGCCCUACCUCCUCUGUGCACUUUCAAAAUCUGACGCAGUAGAAAUUAGCACACCGUUUAAAAUAAUACAGUUAUUCAGAAUUGAUGGGUGCUUCAGGAACGAGCUAUCCAUUCCAUUCAGUGCGCUAAUGUUAUUUUUGCGUCCUUUUGGUUAACACACAGAUUAGCUUUAAUCGAAGCUGUAGUGUUAGAUGACUUUUACUACAACGGAAAAGGCAAAGCUCAGCUGCCAUUACACUUGUCCCUUGGUAUUUGUUAUAUUUAUUACACUAGCCCACAACUGCUAAGAUCCAUGUUCCUACAUACCAGACAUGUAGGGAUUGACCCUCUUUCCCACAUGUAGGACUUUUUCUUUCUCUGUGUGUCUCCGUUAUCCUACAAUAUUACUGUACUAUAACAUAUUUAUAAAACAUACAGUACAUCACAGUGAAGAGUAUUGUUUUACUGUACAGUUGUGUAUUAAAUAUAACUUAAAGUA